CCGCACACCGCCCACAGCUCGCCGCGGCUACGCUCGCAUGAGGCGACUGAGGCAUCACUGUGCCGCAACAACUUGUUCCCCAAUGCAGUCAAGAAGCAGUCGCGGUGCCUUUCUAUGCUGCUCCAGCAAGGACCUCACGGCGGUAUUCGGCGGCGCGGUGGUCGGGCGAUCGAGCUGCUUAACCCUGCGUUUAUCGACAUGAUGGAUAUACAGCCAGUUGACACGGAGACAACAGCGAUGCUGAACAAAUCAAACAUCCGGCGACGCAGCUUCUCACUACCACCACACGAGCACACUGCCGACUGGUAUGCGGCGAUCGCCAAUAUUGUUGCGUCUCAGGGCUUGGCUUCACAGACACCAGUGGAAACUAAAAAUGGCACAGCGGAUGAGUCGACUGGUCCUGGAAUGUGGUGGCCACUUAAUGACGACAAUUGUUCUGACGAGAUCGUCUAUGAUGUGCACUUUUCCGCAGACUUGGCCGAUUCAGCUGCACUCCACGAUAUCAGCCGGACUGCCCACACAGCACCACCGACACGAGCCGACUCACCAAGCAGCCUUGCUCCUCCAGCUCCCUUGCUAGCUGAGUCUCAACAGCAGCAGGAUAGGCGGAGGGGAUCUGUGUCAUCUCACAUGCGGACUACUAACGGACAUGCUGCCCCCUCUCUUCUAAAGACACAGUCAUCAAUGUCCACACUGGCCAGGGGCACAGCUACGCUCACCCGCAGUGUCUCGGACAUGUCGGCCGAUCAGUCCGGAUCUGCAGCCAACAGUAAGCAGCAGCCUGCGUCCAGCGGAUCGCAGCUCAUUGAAAUGACGAUGAAAACCGAGUCAGGCACAAUCACUCGCUGCAUAAAGUCGAUGUCGCUUCGGCUGCUCGUUAACCGUCUUGCAUCACCCGAGGGCAACGUUGAUUCGGACCUGCUGACAGACUUCCUGAACUCCUACCGCUUCUUCGCUCACCCUAUCGACGUGAUGCGGCUGCUGAUUGUCCGCUACCUGAACUGCUUUGCGCCUUGCAGCAGCCAGUAUGGCGACGGCAGUGAUGACGACGGUGAUGACAGCAGUUUUGAGGAGGAUGGCUGCAGGUUCCUAACCAUCAACGGCUGGAAGACGCGCAUGCCGCAGGAGGCUGAUUCGGUGCGUGACAGCAAGCCUUCGUCUCCCUCAACGUCCUGCUCGCGAGAACUCCCCCCUCUGGCACGCAAGGACGGUGCAAUCGUGCAGCUGCGCGUGAUGAACAUCAUCAAGAACUGGAUAAAGUUCCAUCCCCACGACUUCCGUCUCCACCAUCGUCUCACACGCCUGCUGUUGCUGUUCCUCUCCCACAUCCAGAAGCAGCCUGGUCGCGCCGACUUUGUCAACAGCAUCCGGCACAAGCUGUCGUCAGGCAAGCUUUUGGCUGUCGAGAACCCGCCGUUCAUGGUCAGUACCCCAGCACAGUUUGCCACUCCAGGCUCUGCCUUCACCUCGCAAACAACUAGCGAGCGCAACUCUGAGGUCAACGGCACUCUUGCCGAGGGCACCCGAUCUGCACUUGAUCUGUCGAUGCAGUGCAGCAGCCGGACCAGCCAGCCACCUAUUUCUGCAAACAUGGUUUCUACCUACAGCCGCAACGAUGCUGGCGAUUUCCCGAGCACUCUUAAUGUUGGCAUGGGCCAUCUGCGCAAGAUGUCGUCGGUUGCUAGUCUGAAAAGCAUCACUCUGCAUGCUUCUGCCUCACAACAGCAGCAGCUGCCGACGCUUGGCACAAGCACCACCGCUACUGACAAUGGUGCCGGUACAAAGGGCGGCCGUCAUAACAAGAAAGGGUCAACGUCGUACUUUAUGUCGCUGUUCCAUCAUCGCAGCAACAAGUCCACUGCCAGCUCUCUAGACACCAGCAGUAGCUCAAAUAGCGGGCGGGCAUUCAAUGCUGCGCCAAACCGCACUUCUACGCGCACCGAGCAUCCCAGCCUGCGUAUUCCGAAUGGAGACAUGUACGCCAACGACUUUGGGUCUCUGGUCAUUGAGGCGCUGGCCAACUCUGGGAUCCCGACGCCGCAAACGCCUGUGGGUCGCACGCUUCUAAACUAUUCAAUCGCCAACCGCAACCCGUACCGCAUCAACCUGCAUGACCUGUUCAUGCGCGUCAGUGCCACCGAGUUCUCGCUCAAGGGUCGUGUCGGGAACCUCGAAACCAUUCUGCACACUAUGCAAGGCUCCACUCCCAAUACGGCACGCAGCUCGGUGUCGACUGAGGGAUCCGGCCCGCACCAAUCUGGCAGCAUAUCCGGCCCGGUCAACCCGGUACCGAACCUGACUGCAACCAUGUCGUGGUUCAACCAGGCGACAUACUGGGCCGUGCUUACUGUGCUGUCAGAGCCUACUACCGCAGCCCGCGCUCUGAUCGUCAAGCAGCUGAUCCACAUUGCCUUUCACUGCCUGGCCCGGCGCAACUACUACGGCGCAUUUGAGAUUGCCAUUGCGCUCGACAACUCGGCUGUGCGCCGUCUUCAUGAGACGUGGGCACUGGUCCCGCCGCUGAUGAAGGAUAUUGUCGCCAAAAUCCUCGAGAUUGUGCAGCCGCGCAUGAACUUCCGCACCUACCGUGAGUCGGUCCGUGCUGCUCUGAGCGGGUCUUCUGGUCCCGACGAGGACGUUUUUGAUGCAGUUUCCGAGCAGAUCAAGGGUCUGCGCUCCAAGGACAUGGCAGCUAGUAUACCGUCGCACAUUGUCACUGCCAGCGGAAUCUCGUCGGCCGUCGUGGGCACGCCCAAUGUGUCGGGCAGCAGCUCGCCCAGCAACAGCGACGAGGGCAAGCAGGGCGCGCGCAAAAAGUCAAGCGCCCAGCCAAACUCUGCGACGACGGCCAAGGACGGAACUGCGCUGCUUACUGAGCAGGACUGCGCCUGCAUCAUGUAUGCAAUUGGCAUCCGCUCCGCUUCAUUUGCGUUCACCGAUCCCAGCGCUACUGGUGGCUACGGUGGUGGUGUGACACCAACUACCCACACAUCGGUGCCGGUUACGGGCACCCAUGCGUCAACUGGAAGCGGCAGCGGUGCCGGUCUUUACAAGGGUACCGCCAACAGCUCGUCAACCAACCUUGCUGAUCUUGGUGGCGAUCUGCGGUCGCGCCGUGCGCGCACAAGGCUGGGUGCCGGUUCCAAGCAGAGCCGCCCCACUACCAACACCACCCCGCUCCCGGUAGUUCCGUUCGUCGCUGUGCACAUGACCGACCUGCUCCACGCCGAUGAGGCCAAUGCCACGUACUCUGACGAUCACCCGCAGAUUGUGCGCUCACGUAAUGGCGUUGCCCAUGGGCAGUCCACGGGCUCGACGUCGAACCGGCGCAACCUGCGGUGCGAUUCGGCCGCCGUGUCUCACGUCAACAAUGCGCAGCCGUUGGUCAACAUGCAAAAGUUCCGCAUGAUUACUGCAAUGCUUCGCGAGCUCUGCGUUGCCCAGCGCACAAAGUACCCGUAUGUGUCGGAUGUUUCCCUGCAGCAGCAGAUCCACAGCGCAGUGCGCAGCAUCAAGGCACAGACUAACGACAUCUUUGGUGUGGUCCAGGAUGUGGUCGCGGCCGAGGAGUCGGGUCGUUUUGGUGCCGCCCUGUCGUCCCCGUUCCACCGCACCCGCACGGGAUCGUCUGCCUCGCGUGUGAACACACCAAGCGAGUUCAAUAGCAACUCGUUCGGGUAUCCCCUGUACCAGAUGGCGGCGAUGCAGUUCCAGAAUGGCUUCGAAGCCGUCGAGGGCUCGAUGGCCUGGGACUGCGCUGAUCUGAAGGACAACCAGGAGCUGGAGCAGCGGCUUUAUGAUCUGAGCAAAUGGGUCGAGUCGUCUACUCACCAAAGAUAAUUCCUCGUCACGUCACUCUUUACUCCUCCCACGCACAGCCCUGUUUCUUCUACUUUUGUGUUUCUAACAUCCACACGCGCACGUGGCACUUCCACCUCUCCCCCUACUGCUCUUCGACACCUUUACUUUUGUACCAUUUUUCUUUG